UGACAUUUGAUGACAGGUAGAUCAAUCUCGACGGGGAGAAAUGUUCGUGCAUUGCGUGUUGUAUUCGCUUGCGCGUUCGUCUUCACCUUGACUUUUAUUCAUUUCGAUGUACGAACCGUAGCGAGCAAGAGUAUCGAUGUUCGAAUGUGCUGAGACAUUGUUGAUUUCGCUCUGCGGAACUUCUUAAGCGGCACGUGCAACACUUACUCGUUCGCGGCCUUGUUCGGACGCGAGCACACAACUGAGAUUGUUCGGCGCAAUACUGUUAUUGAUUUGUUUUCAGCUCGUAAGUCUUGUGGAACGGCCGGCAGCUGCACACGAAGGUGUUCGAGUUCGUGUGAAAGUUUAAAGGGACCGUGGAGAACUUGCAGUCUCAACGUUUCCAAAAACCCUCAACCGACCGUAGGAGUGGGAGUAGGAGUAUUACUUGACCAGGCUCUGCAGAGCCUUUUCUUUGGCGGGCGUAGUAGAUUCUGCAAGUUUAUCUACGACAAUCUCUUUUCGGGAUUUGGCUUUUUUCUUUUUGUCAACUGAAAAUCAAAAUGGUUAAGGUCCAGGAUUACUUGUGUAAGUUCUUUUACGACCUCGGAGCAAAGGCCUGGGCCGCCAACGAAACCGGGGAGUUUGUCGACGGAAGCCAUGAUAGCAACUUCUGGACGAUAAAACAGGACGGCGCUCUUGCAUCCCUUAAAGGAGAAGGGGACCCGAGCAAGACUUGUUCCUACCACGAGGAUCCGAGAGUUCCAUGGGAUGAUCCGCAAGGGGCGCCUCAUCAAAGAGCUUGCAACUUUGUCAAGGAUGACAUCAUUAGGGAAUGCAACAAGCGACUUGGUGGACUCAUUCACGAAUGGUAUUUUAUGCGGGGCGCACGUAACGACAUGCACCAGGGGAGGUUGUUGAACCUCCUGCAUCCGCUUCCUAUGAUUCAGUGAGCCUGACGAGUGCUACUGCCUCAGCGUCAACGACUUCUACUUACUUUCUAAUCGUCUUGAAGUCUUAAUAUGUGUAGAAAGUAUCAUAAAAAUAAAUGAUUGCAUGCACUGAAUUCGCGAAGAUGUACAUGAACAACAACACCUGUGCACUUAUUUUGUCUGUGCGAUUUUUCUUUUUUCAUCACGCAAAAAAUGAAAACAGCCACCACUUUGUAUGCUGGCGGAAAUUACGUUUUUGAGCGUGAGAAAAUGAAAAAGCAGGUUUUCGCACUCUCACAAGCGGCUGCUUGAUUCUGUCCACUAGGGUUUCAAAAAGAAAUUGCACUAGGCCCGGUAACGCAAAACAAGUGGUGCUCUUUCGCGAAAAAAUCUCUUGGCGAUGAAUUUCGGAGGUCAAAAAAACAAAGGGGCUUAUCCACAGGCCCACCGCGUGAGCAUUAUAUAUAUAUUUUUGCCGACAUCUGUUCAGCUUCAGAUGUCGGCAAAAAUAAAAAUAAUGCCUCCCCCUCGCGAAAGCGGCCAUGCCAUUCGGCAGUUCGUACUUUGGCGAGCUCUAAUUCACUAGAGCAACGUAGUCGGUGAGCUCUAAUUUACUAGAGCAAAGGCCCAACGACAACGUGGGAGCAUGCCUAGCUAGCAGCCGCAACACCAUCGACCGUGCGGCAGCGGGUUGUCCCGCUCCUUGCGGCCGCAAGCUUUUCUUUUACGACGGAUGUCUUGUUGAUUUUGUUCGCCUGAAACAACAGCUUAGAGCGUGGCCCGAAGCGGGCUGCAGUGUUGGACCGCGAACCCUGAGUCGCGCCUCAAAAGUGGCGUCCGCGAGGGCCGCGCUCUCAUCCUCUAACCAGACAGCCAAGGGCUGCGUUGCAUCCUUCGUGCGUGUGCGGUUUGCGCGCACCACUUCCUGUGCACUGCAGUCGUCACCACCCCGCCCUUUCAUUGGUCGUUCCCGCGCACCACUUCCACUACCUUUCAUUGGUCGUGCUGCUCCUGAUUGAUUGCAGUCGUAUGCAUGACAACCGAAACUACGACGGCAGGCGGUUAAGCCCCCCCCCCCCGCCCACGACUUUUCGCCGUAGUUCUCCAGGGCGCUUGUCGUUUUAUAUAUUGUCGCUUGUCUUGUAGAUACUUGUACUCGGCUGAACCUGCUGAAGGAAUGCAGCGGGCGAGCAUCUGAACUCUAAAUAAAGAGGGGACAAAAUAUCGCUGUAGAUUUUGAUUAUAAUCUUGAUGAACAGAUUCAUUCAGUUUCAGAUUGAUGUAGAGUGUUUGCAAAACAAGCCAUAAUCCCCCAUCCACACAUUGCGCUCGCGUGAAAAGCAAAACGGCAGCAUUGUGUGCCACUCUUGGUAAACUCGGCUCGCCAAGAACUGCCAUCGUUGUCAGAGCAUGCCCAUGCGCUAUCGGUAGUUCGCCGUGCUUGGGCUGCGCCACUCGUGGAACGCGAAACUGCGCAGCUUUCGUAGACAGUAAGUAAAAUAAUUCAUCUCAUGACUUCAGACGCAAACUAAAGAAGGCAAGUUAGUAAAUGUUGGCACUGGCGCUGAUUAUCAAGUCAUAGCCGGAAAUCUGUCUGGCAGUGCAGGUGCAGGAAGCACGGAGUUGGAUUCUACCGCCAGAGACGCUGCAUUGCCUAUGGAGCACCAACGGGGUGAGGAGGAGAAAGAAAGCGGUGACGUUCUGUUGACAUUUACCCCGCACAAUGAACCAGUAAAAGCGGACGCUGCGGGUGCGGACAUUUUUCUGAUAUGUUCAAACUAUUCGCCGACAAUAUCCAUAACCAUAUGCGUAGCUGUGCUGGAUAGUUUGUAGUAAUACAAAGUUCUUUUAUAUGUAAAAAGAUGUCUCAGUGUGUGAAGCUGAAGACUCACUAUCAAUCAAAAAACGAAUGAUCCUUGGCAAUGUAUGUUGUUUCUUUUAUUGAUUUUGUAAUCAAUAAUGCACCAUAUUCCCACCGAGACACUAAGUACUGUUUUUUCAGGUGAUAGUUCCACAUCCGUCGGCGCAGCGGCAGCUGGCGCGGAACAAGCAGACCAUCUACCACUCGCCGCUCCGAAUCCCGCCAACGCUUCCGCACCACAGUUUACUGCAGACGUUGCAGUAACUGUUAUCAGACAGCGACCUGGGAGCAUCUUCGGUGCAAAAGACGCCGGCAAUCUGACAGUGAAUAAUGCUGCCACGGUUUCAUUUGUCGCUGAGUAUCAACAAGCGCAAAGGCCCCUACUUGCCCAUUUGGAUCAAUCACCUGGUUCUAGUAGUGACCAAGAAUUUGUUAUGCUGCGCAGAAGGUUUGCGUUUGAGUUUGGAUUUGAUAUAUUACCUUGUGAUCGUUGGUCUUGGCGCUGUUCCUCGCGCCAAUGCCCCAGAAAAUAAAUACAUGAUGUUGAAGGAGAAGAUAGCAUGAAAACUUCACUAAGUUUUUCGUAUAGCAAUCGGGAAUAAUAUAAUUUUUAGAUACAGUACUAACUUCUACUUGUUCAUCUUCAUGAUGAGGGGAUAAAGAAAAUCGUCAAUGUUACCUCACUGAGCAGGUCGUCAGCUACAGGGGCUACGGCUAGCAUGAUUAAUUGUCGUUUAUCUAGUUCACUUUCGAAAGUAGAUUUUGACCGAGAUCCAAAUCGCAAUAAGGAAAAUUUGCCCAGGAUGCCGAGGACGAGUCGCAGCAAUUGCUCCUUAGCACCCCCGCGUCCUCCAAUUUCACAAAUACGCACAUUCGCCCGGACCUGAUUCUAGCGGAGCGGCCGGUAGAACAAGAAGAAGGAGCUGGGGACGCGAAUCAUAUAGCUGUGGAGAUAGAGAAGACCAGGCAUAAAAGGUACUGCGGUGAUUUACAUGUAGUGAGGUGGCGACGCUUCUAGUCGGACAUUUUUCUUGAUUUGAAUACAGCAGAAUGAUCUGUAAAUAAAUUCCUAAGCCAAUAGCUCGAGCAUUUUUCAUGUACAUAAAUAAAAGCUACACCUAAAUAUUGGUUCCGAGCAUUUAAUUUUACGCCGGUCUGGCUUCUGGCUUUUCCGGCCUCGAAUCGAGAGAGGGCUCCAUCGAAAACCGCACACAAAAACGAAAAAGGUAUCCGGCUGCACCCUUUCGAGGCGCCCGCCGCCUGCGGUUCUGGCCGAUUGGGGUGCCCAAAGAAGCACCCACACAAAUCGCACGCAAAAGAAAGACAGCAAAGCGGCUGCCGUGCGGUAUGGCUGUAAUUUUUGGCCAGUUUGGGCGACCUCCACAGCGGCCGGCUCUUCGCCGGCUAGCUAGGCCUUUCCUUACCCGCGAAGGCUAUAAUUCCCGUAAGAAAGUAAAACGAAAAUAAAAACGCAUGCCUUUCAAAGUCCUGAAGCUGGCCCGCAUGGUUAUGGUAUGGGGGCGCUUUUCUACCCGUUCUGUGACCCCUUGGGCCGCGCCUAAGACGGGCCCGUGCUCUCGGGAUUAGCAUCCGGGAGCACGCCAGCAAAGCUCGCAAAUUUUUUGGCCGUAAGAGAGCGGGCGGGCCCAAAGAAAGAGAGCGGAACGCAGCAAAAGCAGCGCCCAUGCCGAUUGCCGCCUCCGCGUAGUCAGGCUCCGGCCACUUUCCGGCGGUGUUCUCGGCGUCUGUGCUGAAGUCAAAAGAGAAGCAGCAAAGUUGAGCCUCCGCGCAGCAAGCAUGCUAUGCAGCCGGUAUUAUUUGGCCACCCACACUUUGGGUUGCUUUCUUACUCUUGGUCAUGUUCGUUGCGCGCCGGCUCGUCGGCCCGACGGGGGCAGAAAACCAGAAACAAAACGCCAACCGCGUCAAUACCUCGCUCGUCCCGCGCCAGCGGGAGGCUCUACUUGGCGCGUAGACUCUACGCGAUCCCCGAUCCCCAAUCCCCCAUCCCCCAAAAAUAAACAUCCCCAAUCCUCUCUAAGAGAGGAUUGGGGAUGAGCCACGUGUGUCGACUUCUUGGCUGUGGAACAAGUCUGAAGGAAAGCGCGACCAUUCCGCUACAUCGAGAACGAAAGUAAUAAAUGCCAGAGCAUGUUGUUGUAGUUGAUGGGAAAAAGGGGAGUACGAGACGGCUCUCAAUUUGAUAAACACUAGCGAGGCUGUGGCUCGGACAGGCCGGGCCUGGCGAGGCCGGCCGGGCCUACUGCAUUCUGCUGGCCGCCCCCCGCCACAGCUUCCUCCUGUUUAGUUUCCGCCGGCCGCUUCGAAGUCCGCCGAGGUUUUCGGGGUUUCUCCGUGUGCCGGCCCCUGCCCUAGCCCUUGUGGUCUGAUGGCCGGGGUCAGCCGGGGACGGGCUCUUGAGAGUCCUGUGAAGAUCAACGAUGGCGAUGACUCAGUUUUUGUUUUACAGCGCAUGCGCAUUAAAAGCCUUAGCCUUUCUCUGCGCAAGAAAUUGCAGGCGUUGGGCCGCGCGACCCCCUCCGUUUUCUGGUCUCGUUUUACAACCAAAAACCGAACAGAGGCAGGAGCCAUGUAUCGGCCGGGGGGUUGGCGCGUGCUCCUUCCGUCGAAGCUCGGCCGGAUGCAGUCGCCAGCUACUUAUAUAUGAGGUGCCAUUCAAUAUCAAUCCGCACUGUGGCGGAUACAGAAUGGGGGGGCUUGUUGGUCGCGCUAUACUAGCUUCGGGGCAGCGUUGUGCAUAGGUGAGUGCGUGCAUGUGUGGGGUCGAGGGACCCUCUGCGUCAGGCCUGAAAAACACGGUUGUUGGGAAAGCCGUGGCCGCGGGGCUGGCCGGUCCGCCUAGCACCGACCGAAGCACGCUGCUUCUGGGUGUGUGUUUCCGCGCCUCCCGAACGACGUCGACCCUUACGGGAGCGCGAGCUCUCUAAAGGGUUUCGAGGACGCACCCAAUUCCGAAUAGGUUUAGCCUGAUCCCUUUGGUGUUCGCGCUUGAAGGAAGCAGCCGCGCCGCUCGCGUCAUUAGUAACAAGUUGGCUAGCCGCCGUAAAAUGUGUGUAUUUGUCUUCUCCGGGCCCCUGGAGGAGGGAGGGGCGCGUAGCAGUUCGCGCACGGGCGCGCUGCCAGCAUCGCCGGCAUUGCAAGACCUGUCCGUGUCCGCGUCGAUCCAUAGACGCGACCGAUUGAUGGGGGCCGAAAUGUGUUACCAAAUGAAGCCAACAUUGGUGCGCGAUUAUAAAUCGAUUAGCUUCUCCUGCUCAAGCAAAUUGAAGUCGAUGGAAGAUGAAUAAGAAUACUAGUAGAAUUUGUCUUAUGAUAAUGGUCGAAGUGGUGGAUUAUUUGAAUGUAGUGGAGAUUGUUAUUUUACAUAAAUACUCUAUCUUAUCCACAGCACGCCGCAAAAACAACUUCCUGCAACCGCGCAGAAUUUCACCAACUCGGGAAGUCCCCUCCAGGUUCCCGUCCCGGGUGUGUUGGACAAAACUGCAAACAAGUUACUUGAGGACUUCAAGGCCUCUUCCUCUGGAUCUGAGGCGGCCGUGCAGAAGAACGAAGAAGCAAUAGCACAAGACAAGUUGACCGACUUCAAUCCGAAUCCACAGGAAGAAGGCAACAAGUACAAGGAAUUCAGCAAAACGUCCAACGGGAAUUGCUUGGACUACUUGACAAAGCGCGUUUUCGGUGCCGAAGCCCAUCGAAAAACGAAAGCGGCGAUCUUGCAAGCGAAGAAAUCCUUUGACUUUGAAAUCGAUGUGAACUACUUUUUCAACUACAAGAUUGAUGCGGACUGGACCUUGAAUAGAAGCGUUCCCAUCCGCAUCCCAUCUUCAUCUCCUGAGUCAGCAGGAAAAGGAGCAGGUGCUUCUGGUCAGCCAGUUUCCACUGCAGAUGGACCGUCUCCAGCACCAGUGGCGUCUCCAACACCAGCGGAGGUGCCUGCAAACGGAGACGGCGCAACAACGGCACCGGCAGCGGUUCCGGUACCAGACGCAAGUGCCGGCUCCGCCGCGGUGGUGCAUUUGACAACGGAAGGCCCUACACAGGGUAAAAUGAGGCUCAAGCUGUAUGCGAAGAAAAGCUUAAUUCAUGAUGAGUACAAGGCAAAGUCGAUGAAGACGAGAAACUUAGUUGACGGGACCGAGCCCGCGGAAACCGAAAAGUAUACCAAAGAGAAAAUUCAAGAACUUUUCUCCAAGUAUCUCGUGGCGCCCGAUUCGACUUUCGAACUUCACACACCACGUCCUCAAGAAACGUUUUCUGAAGACCCGAGGUCAUUUCUGUCCUCUGCUUGA